GGAAGCGACGGGUGGCGCCCCCCUCGCGUCAGUCAGUUCGCUUGCAACGCUCGCGCGAGAACGACGUGUGUCGCUAGUUCGUCAGCAACGGUUCGUCGCGUGUGACUGACUCGGAGUAACGUGCGUGGAUCCUGUGUUUUGUGUGCCCCUAGUGGAGUGUGUGCUGUGUCCUGUUUUACUCAUAAGUGUGUUCCAGACCAUGAGAGCGUGUGUUUGACGUGGGGAUGUAUCCGAGCGCGGGCGCAAUGAACGCCGCCGCCGCCGCCGCUGCCGUGGCGGCCGCUAGGCAUCCGGGUCCCCCACAGCCCGGCCAACCCAUCAAGUUCACGGUGGGCGAGUCCUGUGACAGGAUUAAAGAGGAAUUCAAUUUUCUGCAAGCCCAAUAUCACAAUUUAAAAUUAGAAUGCGAGAAGCUGGCUAGUGAAAAAAUUGAAAUACAAAGGCAUUAUGUUAUGUACUAUGAAAUGUCGUACGGCCUCAAUGUGGAAAUGCAUAAACAG